AUGCCCUCAGACAAGACCAUCGGUGGAGGAGAUGAUUCCUUCAACACCUUCUUUAGCGAGACUGGUGCUGGCAAACAUGUGCCUAGGGCAGUCUUUGUUGAUCUGGAGCCUACUGUUGUAGAUGAAGUGCGAACUGGCACCUACCGCCAACUGUUCCAUCCAGAGCAGCUGAUCACCGGCAAGGAAGAUGCGGCCAACAAUUAUGCCCGUGGUCACUACACCAUUGGUAAAGAGAUUGUUGACCUGGUUCUUGACCGCAUCAGGAAGUUGGCUGACCAGUGCACUGGUCUACAGGGUUUUCUCAUCUUCCAUUCCUUCGGAGGUGGAACUGGCUCUGGCUUUACAUCCCUGCUCAUGGAACGUCUGUCUGUGGACUACGGCAAGAAAUCCAAGCUGGAGUUCUCCAUCUACCCAGCUCCUCAGGUAUCCACUGCUGUAGUUGAACCUUACAACUCCAUCUUGACAACACAUACAACACUGGAGCACUCAGACUGCGCUUUCAUGGUGGACAAUGAAGCCAUAUACGACAUUUGCCGUCGUAACCUGGACAUCGAGCGCCCCACCUACACCAACCUGAACCGUCUGAUUGGCCAGAUCGUGUCCUCCAUCACUGCAUCCCUGAGGUUUGAUGGUGCCCUUAAUGUGGAUCUGACAGAGUUCCAGACCAACUUGGUGCCAUAUCCACGUAUCCAUUUUCCUCUGGCCACCUAUGCUCCAGUCAUCUCGGCUGAGAAGGCUUAUCAUGAACAGCUAUCUGUUGCCGAAAUUACUAAUGCCUGCUUUGAGCCUGCCAAUCAGAUGGUGAAGUGUGACCCCCGUCAUGGCAAGUACAUGGCCUGCUGUAUGUUGUACCGAGGUGACGUUGUCCCCAAAGAUGUUAAUGCCGCCAUCGCUACCAUCAAGACCAAACGUACCAUUCAGUUUGUGGACUGGUGUCCCACUGGAUUCAAAGUUGGUAUCAACUAUCAACCUCCCACUGUGGUGCCCGGAGGUGACCUGGCGAAGGUCCAGAGAGCCGUCUGCAUGUUAAGCAACACUACAGCUAUUGCCGAGGCCUGGGCUCGUCUUGACCACAAAUUCGAUCUGAUGUAUGCCAAGCGGGCUUUUGUCCACUGGUACGUUGGUGAAGGUAUGGAGGAAGGUGAGUUCUCUGAGGCCCGUGAAGACUUGGCAGCUCUGGAGAAAGACUAUGAAGAGGUGGGAGUUGAUUCGGUCGAGCCGGGUGAAGAAGGGGAAGAUGAAGCAUACUAG